AAUUCUGCUAGCAAGGAGCAAUCAGACCAGACAUCCAUGGAAAUGGGUUUCUAUUUCUACUGUGCUUGUUGUUUCCUCGUCAUCUUCUCAAAAGCUUCAAUGGCAGUCGACACCAUUUCUCCAUCGGAGUCACUCGCUGAUGCCAUGACCUUAGUCUCCAAUGAUGGAACCUUUGUGUUAGGUUUCUUCUCUCCAGGCACUUCCAAGAACCGUUACCUGGGAAUCUGGUUCAACAACAUCCCCAUGCAAACUGUUGUUUGGGUUGCAAACAGGAUAAACCCAAUAAAUGAUUCCACUGGCUUGUUGAAGAUAGAAACUAGUGGCAGAAUUGUGCUUCAAGUUCAGAACACAACAGCUGUUUGGUCGACUAAUACGACAGCAACAGCAAGUGUUCAGAAUCCAGUAUUGCAGCUCCUGGAUUCUGGUAAUCUUGUGGUCAGAGAUGGAAAAGAUAGUAAUCCGGAGAACUACUUAUGGCAAAGCUUUGAUUAUCCAUCAGAUACAAUGUUACCAGGGAUGAAAAUUGGUGUUGACUUAAGAACAGGCUUGGAUCGAAGACUCACAGACUGGAAGAACUGGGAUGAUCCAUCUCCUGGUGAUCUUACUUAUGCAAUAGAACUUGAAGGAAGCCCAGAGUUGGUGCUAAGGAAAGGCUUAGAAAAGUACACCCUGAGUGGGUUAUGGAUUGGCAAUGGAUUUAGUGGGGCACCAACUUAUAGGUCGAAUCCGUUCUUUGAUUAUGACUUUGUGUGGAACGAAAAUGAGGUUUACUACAUAUAUUUCCUCAAAAAUAAAUCAGUGAUGUCCAGAUUUGUUUUGAACCAAACCGAAAGUGUAAGACAAAGGUACACAUGGAACCCAGAAACUCAAAGUUGGAAGCUGUUUUCGAUCAUGCCAAGUGACUACUGUGACAGAUGUGGACUUUGUGGUCCAAAUGGAAACUUUGAUAACAAUAAGUUUCCGGCUUGUCAAUGUUUGACAGGGUUCAGGCCGAAGUUGCUCGAAAGAUGGAACUCAUCGGAUUGGUCUGACGGGUGUAUACACAGUAAGCCAUUGAACUGCCAGAGUGGAGAUGGGUUUGUCAAAAUUGCCAAGGUGAAAACUCCAGACACCCCAAAUUCUUGGGUUAACAAAACUAUGAAUCUCAAGGAAUGUAGGGCCAGGUGCUUGAGGAACUGUUCUUGCAUGGCCUACACUAAUUUAGAUGUUACAAGAGGAGGUAGUGGUUGCGCCAUGUGGUUCAAUGAUCUGAUCGAUAUCAAACAAUUUCAAUCAGAUGGUCAGGACCUUUACAUCAGAGUAUCUGCUUCAGAAACAGAACUGAAGAAAAAGGGUAAGAUGAAGCUUGGCAUCAUACUUGGAACUGUAAUUGCUGCGCUUUUGGGGUUUGUUUUAGUCGUUUGUUACAUUCGCAGAAGCAGGAGAGUGUUAAAAGAUAACGUUGAAGACAAGAAUGUAAAUGACAAUGAGAAUGAAGAUAUGGAGCUUGCAGUAUUCGAGUUCGGUACAAUAGCUCAUGCUACUGAUACUUUUUCAUUGAAUAACAAGCUAGGUGAAGGCGGUUUUGGACCUGUUUAUAAGGGGACACUUCCAAAUGGACAUGAAAUUGCAGUGAAGAGACUUUCAAAGAGUUCUGGACAAGGACUGACCGAGUUUAAGAAUGAAGUAAAGUUGAUUGCUAAACUUCAGCAUCGGAAUCUUGUAAGGCUUCUUGGAUGCUGCAUUCAUGGGGAUGAGAGAAUGCUGGUUUAUGAAUACAUGCCUAAUAGAAGCCUUGACUCUUUCAUUUUUGAUCAAACGAGACGCAGGGUAUUAACUUGGUCCAAGCGUUUCCGAAUUAUCUGCGGGAUUGCUAGGGGACUACUCUACCUUCAUCAAGACUCGAGGUUGAGGAUUAUUCAUAGAGAUUUAAAAUCUAGUAAUGUUCUACUCGAUAGCGAGAUGAACCCAAAAAUUUCGGAUUUUGGCAUGGCAAGAACUUUUGGAGGAGAUCAAACAGAAGCCAAUACAAAUAGAGUAGUCGGAACUUAUGGUUAUAUGGCACCAGAAUACGCUACCGACGGGCUGUUUUCGGUAAAAUCAGAUGUUUUUAGCUUUGGGAUCGUAUUGUUGGAGGUUAUAAGUGGAAGAAAGAAUAGAGGGUUUUACCAUACAAAUCAAAGCGGCAAUCUCAUUGAUCAUGCAUGGAGUUUAUGGAAAGAAGGCAAACCUCUGGAUGUUGCUGAUGAUUUCUUAGUAGAGACCAGUGAUCUAUCCGAGCUGCUACGAUGCAUACACAUUAGCCUUUUAUGUGUACAACAGCAUCCUGAGGAGAGACCAAGCAUGUCCUCCGUGGUUGUGAUGUUAGUAAGUCAUAAUGAACUGCCUUUGCCCAAACAACCAAGUUUCCUGUUUUGCAAGAAACCGUUUGAAGCAGAUUGUUCAUCCGGCAACGACGGAUCAUCUUCGAGAAACGAAAUAAGUUUAUCUUUAUUAGAGGCACGAUAAGAAAAGGUUGUACCAUUCAUUCAAUCUGUUAUGCUCCAUACUGUCAGUUCCACUUGAUGCUUGGAGCAUG